AUGCAUAGAUUCUUGCUUGGCAACCCUCUCAUUCUCUUCCUGAUUCUUUCCAUGGAAUCUUGGGAUCAAGUCUUAAACUUCACACUAAAAGCCAUCAACUCUCGGGGUACACCAAAUCGCAACGGCGAAUUGACCACCACCGAAAGAGGCAAAGUAGGGAAGGAUCAGCCGUCGAAGUGGAUCGCAGCUAAAGAAUCCAACCCAACCAGAUUCAGUACUCGCGAUAUCGUUGUGCACACCUCCGCAAAUGUCUCCGCAGGCAGCGACACAACUGCCAUCGCUUUGCACGCCAUCUUCUACAACCUCGUGCGCAACACGUCCACAAAAGACAAGCUAAUCGCCGAAAUCGACCAAGCGCGAGGGGAAGGCAAACUAGGAGGUCCGACCAGCUAUAAGGAAAUCACGGCCCAUUUGUCCCUACCUACAAGCCGUGAUCAAAGAAGCAACGCGCAUCCACCCCAGCGUCGGACUCCUGCUCGAGCGCCACAUCCCACCAGCCGGCGUCGAGAUCUGCAAUAA